CGUCACUGGGAGCGACCCAGGCAUGUGCACUUCCCCAGCACGAACGGUGAGGGUACAGGCGCGACCCGGAAGGUCUUCUCGCUACACUCCAAAGCGGGCGUGAGGGGGGCCGAUGGCGGAGGGUGCGGCGGAGGCCCCAGCAGAGAGUAGUGCCGGUGGCGACUUAGAAGCCGGAGCGCUGGAACGAGGAGUGGCGCCCAUUAAACCUCACAGAUUCCUCACCACCAAGGAGCAGUUCCAUGAAUUCCUGGAAGCCAGAAGGCAGGAGAAGCCCAGCCAGAAAACCGAGGAAGGAAACUCUUAUGACUAUGACUUGGCUGGGCCUGAGGCCAAGCGGAUCCGACUGGAGGAUGGACAGCAGGGAGAGAGCGUCACCGAGGCGCCGGCUGAGCUCGGGGAGCAUCCUCAGGCUCAGAAGCGAGCCCGGGGCCAGAACAGAAACCGGCCUCAUGUGAAACCCUCCCACUAUGACAAGAACAGGCUCUGCCCCUCCCUGGUGCAGGAAUCGGCUGCUAAGUGUUUUUUUGGCGAUCGCUGUCGCUUCCUACACGACCUGAGCAGCUACCUGGAGACCAAGCCUGCUGACCUGGGCCCCCGCUGUGUCCUAUUCGAGACUUAUGGCAGGUGCCCCUAUGGUGUGACCUGCCGUUUUGCCAGGGCCCACCUGGGGCCUGAGGGCCAGAACCUCGUGCAGGAGGAGGUGGUCCAGGCCCCUCCCGUCCGAAAUGGCUUGGACAAGGCUCUGCAGCAGCAGCUGCGAAAGCGCAAGAUCCACUUUGAGCGUGCCGAGCAGGCCCUGCGCCAGCUAGGCAAGGGCCACCUGCCAGGCCCUACCCCUUCUGCCACUGUCCCCACAGGGACAGUGAGUGCCCCAGAGCAGGACAGCUGUGACACCCAGCAGGCCCCCCUAGGGCCCGGCACCGGUACCCCUCCCUGCAGCCCCAUCCAGACCUGCGGGCCCCUGACGGAUGAGGACAUAGUCAGGCUGCGGUCUUGUGAGAAGAGGCGGCUUGACAUCAGUGGCAAACUGUAUCUGGCCCCCCUCACCACGUGUGGGAACCUUCCCUUCCGGCGAAUCUGUAAGCGUUUUGGGGCUGAUGUGACAUGCGGGGAGAUGGCCGUCUGCACCAACCUGCUCCAGGGCCAGACGUCUGAGUGGGCCCUGCUCAAACGCCACCAGUGUGAGGACAUCUUUGGUGUCCAGCUGGAGGGUGCUUUCCCUGACACUAUGACCAAGUGUGCUGAGCUGCUGAACCGCACCAUCGAGGUGGAUUUCGUGGACAUCAACGUUGGCUGCCCCAUUGACCUAGUAUACAAGAAGGGUGGGGGCUGUGCCCUCAUGAACCGCACUGCCAAGUUCCAGCAGAUCGUUUGUGGCAUGAACCAGGUGCUAGAUGUGCCGCUGACGGUGAAGAUCCGCACAGGUGUCCAGGAGCGGGUGAACUUGGCACACCGGCUGCUGCCCAAGUUGCGGGACUGGGGGGCAGCCCUGGUCACGCUCCACGGCCGCUCUCGGGAGCAACGCUACACCAAGCUGGCCGACUGGCAGUACAUCAGGCAGUGUGUGACCGCAGCCAGCCCCAUGCCCCUGUUCGGAAAUGGAGACAUCUUAUCGUAUGAGGACGCCAGCCGUGCCAUGCAGACUGGUGUCGCUGGAGUCAUGAUUGCCCGCGGUGCCCUGCUCAAGCCAUGGCUGUUCACGGAGAUCAAGGAGCAGCGACACUGGGACAUUUCAUCAUCUGAGCGCCUGGACAUCCUGCGGGACUUCACACACUAUGGCCUGGAGCACUGGGGUUCAGACACGCAGGGCGUGGAGAAGACCCGCCGCUUCCUCCUCGAAUGGCUCUCAUUCCUGUGCAGGUAUGUGCCUGUGGGUCUGCUGGAGCGGCUCCCGCAGAGGAUCAACGAGCGGCCCCCCUACUACCUGGGCCGCGACUACCUGGAGACGCUCAUGGCCAGCCAGAAAGCAGCCGACUGGAUCCACAUUAGUGAGAUGCUGCUGGGACCCGUGCCGCCCAAUUUCGUCUUCGUGCCGAAACACAAGGCCAAUGCCUACAAGUAGCUGCAAGGGUGGGAGGGGGCAUUGGAGGGUUUCCUUAGUGUGUGAGAAG